UGUUCCGAUGGCUGUCUGUGGUCGAUGGUGAUGUGUGGUUGUAUGUAAAGUGGGCGUGUAAAUGUUGUUGCUUAUGAACAGCUAUGUGUUGUGAAAUGCUUGAGUGGGAAGCAAUUUUAAUGUGAUUCUGCUGUCGGUUCAUAUGUGUUGAAAUAAAAUGGCAACUUCAACAGGAGAUAAAACUGUUAACAAAGUAGCAUUAUGUUCCGCAAUUUUUGCUGGAUUUGCUUAUGUGGGAUAUUCUGUUGUACGCACAGCUUUUUGUCGGAAACUUGGACGACGUGAUGGUGAUGACUUCCCGCCAGAGCACCGGCUGUACUUUCGGCGGCUGUCACAGACGACACAGACAGACGUGCUGCUGGGCAACCUGGACGUGUCCGGGUCGGGUAAGGUGAUCCUGCGGCCGCUGACGGUGCAGGAGCGCAUCCGGGAGCUUAACCUGCGCGCACGGAUGUUCACUGACACAAUGCUCGCCAUCCAGACGGGUGGCGCCUCUGGAUCAUCACCGCGUCACAGCCCGCUGCCAGGCCCACGCAGCCUCCAGCAGUGCUCACCAUGGAGCUCUCCACGCAUUCUCAGUCCAGUGGAUGUACGACACAUUCUGGCCAGCCGAUCUACAGAGAAUCUCAGUGCUUUGCACAUCCAUGGAGAGGCAGAACUCCUGGGAUCCCCCAUGCGCAGACGAUGGGCACGGCGUUCUCUUCGUGGUCGCCAACAGACACAGUCACGAUCCAGCUCAGCUGCCUCAGAAAAGGACAAGGAAGAGGACACGAAGAGAGAGGCUGAGAAGCUGCUCAGAGAUGGAGAGGAAGAGCUUCGUUUGCGGCUUGACACGCUCAGUGUGAGACACAGGGUUAUUACAGCAAAUGAGGCUAAAAGUCUGGUUGCACUUCUUCACACUAAUGAUGACCUGCUACUGGAGAGAACUCUUAUGACAAUUGGAAAUUGUGGGACAUUCUCUGCAAAUCAGGAUACUCUGAGGGAAGCUGGUUGCCUCUUCAGACUUCAGAAUCUCCUUACUCAUCCCAGACUUGCAGUCAAGCUAGCAGCCAUUAAAGCUCUAGGGAAUCUUGCUUUGAACCAAGAAAAUCAGAAGGAAUUGAAAGGUGUGAUUCCUAUUCUACUGAGUUAUGUACUCAGAGAAAGGCAGAGUGACAAACUUGUUAUGAGUUCACUAGUGACGCUGACCAAUAUAGCAGCUCUUCCAGAUUGGCAUGAUGAGUAUUAUUCUUUGUUACACACUCUCUACAAUCUUGUGGAUUCAGCCCCCCCUCAGAUGAAGCUGCAGGCUCUUAAACUUCUGGUGAAUCUUUCCUGCAAUGAGGAUAUGGUGCCUAGUCUACUUGCAGCUCAGGCUCCUCGAAGGCUUAUAUAUUUACUCGACCCAUCUACAAAUGAAGAAAUACUGCUUCGAGUAACAACUCUCUUAGCGAAUUUGACAACUGUUGCAAAGGACCAGAAUUUGGAUCCAACAAUUGAUUUGCCAGCAGAAGAUAAAGCAGCUUCACCAGAUACAAUCAGGUAUGCAGCAAUUUAUGGCGUCAACAUACGGGAAAAGGUGUUAAGUAAAGUAUUUGUUCUCAUGAAUCAACAUAAAAAUGAAGACAUCCGCUUCCAGGCGAGGAAAAUUUAUGAUGUUAUAAGAUCCUGAAAGAGGGUUAGGUACAAUGUAUUUGAGGGCAUCAGGUAUCCAAUGAUCAUAGUCACAUCUCAUUAAAGGUGUAAAGUGUGUGCUGCUUGUAGACUGCACAGAAUUGAAGUAGACAUGUAAUAGAUAUGUUGAAGGUGUAAUGCAUUAUAAGCAGUAUACAGAGAUUGCCUAAUGAUGUCUCUUAAACACUAUUGUACCAAUAAUUGCUGGAAUUGAAUUGGUGUAAUAUCACAUUGAAUGUUGAUGUCUGAACCAUUUUUCUCGUGAAACUUAGCAGAAUUUCUGGUAAUGUAACUGUGUAAAGAAAACACUUUUACUGCUGUUGAAAGAACAGUGGUUCUUUCUUUCAUAUUUUCAUGUGUCAUUGCUAUUUAAUGAUUCAAACAGAGUAAAUUUUUCUGUGGCAAUGCCUUUUAUCAGAAGUGAAAUAGUAUAUAUAAACCUGGUAUGAGAAAAGAAUGAAUGUUUCAUAUACACAAAUUACUUGGUUGUGAAUAUUUAUUAGGUGUACUUAGUUUUAAUAUGCUGCCAAAGCACCAUUCAUUUAGUCAGCAGUGUUGUAGAUGGUGUAAGUGUUCCUAAUUUGCUUAAAUGCUGAUGCAUUUAUGAAGUAUGUGUGACUGUAGAUUCAGUGUUGUUCAGAGAGAAAAAAAGGAUCUGAUGCUAAAAUCACCAUUAAUAAUUUGCAGACUGGAUAAUGUUAUUUCCGCUUAUAAUACCAAUAAUCAAAUUCACAAAUUUGUGUGUUACUCACUCAGGUCCUUUCUCCUUCUCUUUUAUCAUAUUUCACUUACCUUCAGAAUUCCAUUUUUAUAUUAUUCUUAUUUACCAGAGUUACUGCAUUACUGAUGAUGCUAUACAUAAAUUUAACAUACACAUUUUAUUUAUGAUAAACAUGUUUUUGUUAUUUCCUUAACAUAUCACAUAGUAACAGCUUCUCUACAUUCCACCAAUUGUGAAAAAUAAAACCACAAAUGUAAAUAAAUUAUGAAGGUGCUUUUCUCCUAAAUCCUUCCAUCCGCCAUUAUCCAUUUGAAGCAGUGCUGAAUGUAACUGAAAGAGAGAUUUCUGUGGAAAUUGUACAUUCCUGAAUACUGUUAAAUGUGUGCGUAGUACACCACGUGACACCUGCACAUAUUAAUUGAGCUUUUUUAUUGCUCCAAUAAUAUAACUUGUUGGUUUUAAUUAUGUGCUUCAUCUUAUGAGAGGAAAACUAUAGUUUGUUAUUUUGUAGAAAGAUGUUGGUGAAUAUUCAGUGCAAUCACACACAGCCAGACAACUGGUGAAUUGAAUUGUCCAGAGCUAUUUUUGUAAUUAUUGUUGUAAUUAUUGCAGGUAAAUUUAAAUUAACUUUACUCACUAUUUUGUAAUAUGCACAAUUUGAUCUGAUAUGUAUGUAAAUUUGCAUAGAUUCUGUCCCCUGAUAUCGCUUAUUUUCUAAAUAAAUAAAUAUAUAUAUAUAUAUAUAUAUAUGGUUAUAAUAGAGGGAAACAUUCCAUGUAGGGAAAAUAUAUUUAAACCAAAGAUGAUGAUGAUGAUGAUGAUGAUGAUGAUGGUAAGUCACAUCAUCUUUGUUUUUAUAUAUAUAUAUAGACACACACACACACUCAUAUAUAAAAUAAAAUUAUCGUGUAUUCUUAAUGUAAAUAUAAUCUUUGUGGUUGAAUUGAUAAGAGUCAGAACUAAUGUAAAGUAAAGUUUAUGACUUGACAAGAUAUGAAAAAUUCCAUAACACAUGUGGUUUUGCUUGACUGACACACAAUGUUCGCUUCUUGUACUAUGACUGAUGGUGCUUCUGUGUUGCGUAUUUAAAUUUUGACUAUAAUGCUAUUUAUCUGUCAAUUUUUGUAUGUAAAUAGUUCAUUUUAUUAUUACUCUGUUAUAUGUUACAUUAUUUGGAGUGUAACAUAUCAGAAUUACUUAAAUUAUGAUUUUUUGUUCCAAUUUUCUGCCCAUAUUACAAGGCAGAUGGUAUCAGGUCCCAAUAAUGGGCAAAUGAAAUGUACAAGUAUCUUGUACUUAUUGUGUUCUGCAUUAAUACACAUUAUUUUAGUUUACUUUACUUUGUAUGAUGUGAAUGAGUGCCUCCUUUCCUAAAAAAAAAAUGUGAAGAAUAAAGUAGUAUAACAAAAUAUUUAAAUAAUAAAAUAUUAAUAAAACGCAAUUGCCUGCCUCACCAGGUGUGCACUCAGUGUCUGUUUUAUAGUUUUAGUCAUUAACAACAUUAUUGUCAUAUUCUUGUGGAUAAGUGUUCUGUGGAAAAGACAUGUGAUGCAUGAAGGUACUUUGCCGAAUCUAGAAAUAACCAUUCGGUUUUCAAAUACUCAUGUGUUUACAAUCUCCAUUAGGGGGAAAAAUGUAACAGCAAUGUAAUUAUUUAUAAAAGAUGUGGAAUUUGUUAUCAGAAAAUAUGUGACAAAUGCUUUCUUCUAUACAUAUAGCAUAAGAAUUCUAUAACAAAAGAGGUGAUAUUGCAAUAUCAAUAUAUUUCAUUUCACAGAACAGUUAUUUCAAUUUUUAGGUAUGUGGAUAUACAAUGGGACCUGUAACACAGGUCAUUCAAAUUUCAUUCAUAUCAAAUAUUCUGAGGUUGCUGUUUAAUGUAUAGUGAGGAAUAAUAAAGACAG